UAAAUGAUUUACGCGCCCUCAUUGGCCGUGACGGUACAGGCAUGUACGAUGGCAGAGGUUCUCCGCAUAGAUAUCACUGGAACCCCUGCAGUCCUAGCCUAAAUAGGGAUCCUUUAUACAGGGGAAGGUUUAACAGUCACUCUAGAUCACCAAUCACUUCAACACCUCCAUUUGGCAGCGGGAGAUUUCCUCGAUGUCCACAAGACUCUUUAGUUUGUUGGAGUCCACCCGUAGGUUGUCCAUCUUAUUAUGUUGACAGUCCCCCCGCACGUUAUGGUUCGCCGAAUUUCAACCAACCAUCUUAUCACCGAACCUUUGAUUCUCCCGCGAACUCAUAUGCCUCACACUCACCAUUUAUGUCUAACUGCAAUCCAUCUAUGAAUAUCCACUCUGGUUCAAUUUCUAGUAGUUCUUUGAUAUCGACUCAAGACGACUCGAGUUGGAAGUAUGGCACUUCUCAGCAUAAUUCUUCAGCAUUUGAUAUUAGUUCAAGAUCACCACGAAAUAGUAGCAGAAAAUUCAAUGAGAAUAACCGUUCAUUCAAGAAUUGGAUUGCAUCCAGUUUAUCAGACCCUUGGGAAGGAAUGAAACCAGUUCGUACACCACAUUCCGGUUAUUUAGUUGAUAAGCCGCCUGCACAAAGACAUACUGUUUUGUUUGCUCCUCACGAACGUCGGAGAAGGUUAGAGGUAGAUGAUGAUGAGGCAGUGACGAUUAGUCCGACAAAGCAACUUCAAAGAGUUUGUUCUAAUUAGAACUGUAAUUUUAGCACUGCACAAUCUAUCUUAUGUAUGCACUAUUUUAUUGUAUACGUGUGCAAUACUUCGUUUUAUAUAAAAACUCUUUCUUUGAAAAAUAAUGCCAUAGGAUUUUAAGUUCAGGAAAAUCGUAGGACUUUGGUAACCGUUCACACAUUUGGUGUUUAUUCAGUAAACGAGAUUUCAUUAUCUGUGUUUGACCUAACUUAUGUACUCGUCUUCGAGGUCACUGAGUAAAUUCUAGUAAACCAUACUAUUUUUGUUGUUUGUGGCUCAAAGCUGAGUACAUAUAUCUACACUCAGCAAAUAAGUUUUGCCAUUCUUUGUAAAGUGAUUUCAUAGGUAUUUAGCUCAACAGUUUGUUUUCAAGCUAGUGUUCUAAACAGUGUUUCCUGUGUCUUUCCUUUUGCAUAACAUUACUAUUAAGACUUCAAAUUUUGUGCUAGUGUCGUCAUACUGCUUAUAUUCUUGAUGUCAGUUUAAGCACAUGUACCUACCUUUUCUUUACAAAUUAUUCAAUAAAUUUAGAUAAUCAUACCUUAA